CCUCCACUUUGAAUAGGUUGUUCAACUCAUUCAUAAGUACCGCAUUGCAGAACGUUUCCCUCAGAGAUAACAAUCAGCAAAUACAACAUUCCAACUUCUAAACUACUUUACAUGGUAGAAUAAUGGCAAUAAACCUAAUCAAAUACCGGGAAAGCCUUCAGAGUGCAUGGAAAGACGUGUUGGAUGAUAAAACCGAUACAAAUUGGGCGUUAUUUGGUUAUGAAGGGCAAAGUAAUGACUUAAAAGUCGUUGGAACUGGUAGUGAUGGUCUUGAAGAACUCACAGAAGAGUUUAAUAGUGGUAAAAUAAUGUAUGCCUUUGUGAAAAUUGAUGACCCAAAAACCUCUCUACCCAAAUGCGUUUUAAUUAACUGGCAAGGUGAAGGUGCUAAUACAGUAAAAAAAGGGAUUUGUGCUAACCACCUUAGAGAUAUAGAGAAGUUUUUUACUGGUGCUCAUUUAACAAUAAAUGCUCGAAAUGAAGAUGAAGUUGAUGUUGAUUUGAUUAUACAAAAAGUGUCAAAGGUUGGGUCUGCAUACAGUUUCAAAAAUCGUGUUGAACCCGUUGAACAAACUAAACCUGUUGGUACUAAUUAUAAAAGAGUGAAUCCAAUAAAAGAAAUAAACGCCCAGGAAAGAGAUCAAUUUUGGAUGAAAGAAGAACAAGAAGAGAAAAUACGAUUAGAACAAGAACAUAAGAAAAAGGAACUUGAAAGAAGAAAAUUAGAAGAAGAUACCAAACAAAGAGAAAUUGAAGAGAGUUUAAUAAGAGAUGCUAGAACUAAAGAAAGAAAUAAUAGUAUCGAUCAAGUUAAACAAGCUGAAAAAGUCGCUUACGAAAAACAAAAAAGCCACGAACAAACUAAAUACAGAGAAGAAGUAGAACAUAAAGUAAACAGAAGUGAUUUAUUGCGUCAAGAAAGGAAAAAGGAAGCUCAAGAAUUAAUCGGACAAAGAACUAUUGAUGCUAGGUCAAUUUUUGAACAAAAUACUUCGGCGGGACAAAUAAAACGUACUCCAGAAAAACCAGUGAGAGCAUCCAUUUUAAAAGCUCAAAGUCAAGUUGCAGAGGCUGUUCAAAAUCAUGUGCAACCUGAAGAAUCAACAGAACAGCCACCUCAACCUGUUCAUGAGGAACCAGGAAGUGAUGAUGAAUCCGAUCAAUUUGCUACAAUUAAGCGAUCUCCUAAAGAUAUUGAAAAGAAAACUGCAACUAGUCCUAUUGUUGAAGAGAAAAAUGGUAUAAAUAGUAAACAUGUUGAAGUCGUUAAGGAAGAACAUAGGGAACAACCUAGGGUGUUGACAGAACAACAGUUUGUUGAUGAAGUUAUCUAUGGUGAUUUAGCAGACCCUGGAUAUCAAGCAAGAGCUCUUUAUGAUUAUCAAGCAGCUGAUGAUACAGAAAUUACGUUUGAUCCAGGUGACCUUAUCACACAUAUAGAAUUUGUUGAUGAAGGCUGGUGGCAAGGCUUAGGCCCAGACGGAACCUAUGGUUUAUUUCCGGCAAAUUACGUUGAAUUGAUUGGUUGAAUUGAAUAAGGGUACAUGUAAGUUCGCGCAAUUAAAUCAACCCAUUUAUUAUGUGGCAUCAUCAUUAUUUUUUUUGUAUUAAAAUCGGUAAACUCGCAUUUAGCUUGCUUCAGUAUACGUAUACAAUAAUAAGUUUAUUAUGGCCUAUAAAUAUGUUAACUUCAAGUAAUUAUACAUAUAUCCUUUUUUAUUUUAAGUAAUUAACUACAAUUAUAUUUUAUUAUGGUAUUAUUUGCUUUAUAUAUUUUUUAUUGGAAUUCCAUUAAUUUUUAAGACUAUUUUCUUUGCUCAAAAUAGUGCAAUUAAUUAGACUGCCUUCAUCAAACCAUUUUUGUUAUUAAAUAAGCACUAAGAAAAUGUAAUACCAAAUGUCUUGUGCCAACCCAUUACUUUUCAACUCGUUUUAGCAUAAAAAGUCAACAAAAAGACGUGUGAUGAGCCUUUCUUUAAUCCUACUAUUAAUAUUGUUAUUUAUACAGAUCAAAUGAUUAUAAUAUAUCGUACGUUGUGAAAGUGUUUAUAGUUAUUGUGGUAUGGAUGAUCAGACAUAACAAAUUCGUAAAAUUAAAUUAAAAAGAAGAAAUAAAUUGAGAUUAUUGUUAGAGUAUUUCCUAUUUUCUAACUUAUACGUCACAUUAAUAUGCACGGAUGAAAGAAUACAAUAAAGCAAAAAGUUAUCGUUCGUUACGGUAAGGCUUAAUUGACGUAAAUUAGACAUUUGCUAUCUUAACAAGAAAUGAAACUCGUAACCGACAGUCAUAAUUUGCACUUACAUUCGAUAUUUGUCUACUUUGUGAUAUAGCCAUUGUACUACAGACAUUUGUGAAUAAAAUUCUAAGAAAAACUUGA